UGGUCCUCCUGACGACGACGUCGACGUCGGCAGCGUAACGGCUCGACGCCCUCGAUAUACGACGCUCGUUAGCGACCCCGCAGCGACGACACGCCGGGGAUUGCCACAACGCAACAAGCGCCGCGACUACGCCGCGCCGUUCCGUGGUCUGAUUCAAAGCGGAGCCGGCCCCGAUUCCUGCCCCAGAUUGUGUUUGCUUCACAAUUUACUUUUUCAAUUGAUUGGAUGACUUGAUUUUUUUUAAUGGUGGUUAUUAUUUUCGUUGACGAAUGACUCGUAAAAUGAAGUGCAUGUGGCCCUAGUUUCUUCCCCUAAGAUGAACGGCGUUAUUAAGCUUCUUUUUUCCGUACUAUUUUUCUUUCUUAGACAAGAAAUCCAAUGUCUGAAGGACGUCGUUCUCGACAUAGAACCGAGAAUUGUGCAAUUGGGCAAGGAAUCCACGCUGCGUUGUAGCUAUAAUGCAGAAGGUGCUCCGCUCUACACGGUCAAAUGGUAUCGUGGACAUCACGAAUUCUACAGAUACACCCCCAAAGAAUUGCCCGCUACGAAAAUAUUUGCAUUUCCCGGAGUGCAUGUGGACGAAGACCAGUCGGACGAACACCAGGUGGUCCUGCGGGAUGUGGGAUUCAAUCUAUCUGGAAACUUUAGUUGCGAAGUAACCACAGAUGCGCCGAGGUUCUCAACGGUCACUGUGACUAAGGACAUGACGGUAGUCGUCCUUCCAAAGGAACCGCCAACCCUCAACACAGACAAAAAUAAUUACGAUAUUGGGGAUGAACUCAGAGCAAAUUGCACAUCUCCGGUAUCAAGGCCUGUAGCGGCGCUGAAAUUUUUGUUAAACAACAUUGUGGUGUGUGAGAGAUGCCCCACGUAUAAACAUUCCUCCAAAAAUCUGUGGUGGAGUUCAAAGUCGUUGGUGAUGCCUUUGUACCCGUCGCAUUUUCUGAACGGCCGAUUGACGUUGAAAUGCGUGGCAGAAAUUGAUGGCUUGUAUGAACGAGACUCUGAAAUCACCUUCGAUAACGUUAAAGAUCCCAUACCAGCUAGGGUUACACAAAGUUCCGCUGCCAGCUACUCGACUGGGUUUUUGUAUUUAGGAGUAAUUAUUUUGUACAUUUUAACAACUUGCAACUUGUUUUGUUGAGGAGUUAUAUUUUCUCUUGAUUAAUGUAAUUGUGAUGGGAAAAUGCUACAACUAGUCAUCUAGACAUAUUUUGUACUUAUAAUUUAAGAUUUACGACCAUGAGUUAUGUUGUGAAAAUUGUUUAAUAAAGAUUAAAUUUUAA